CUUUAAUAAAUGAAAUCUUACAUGAAAUAAAAAUGUUGUCUGUAGCUACAAACUGUUGAUGGAGUAUUUUUAGAUAAAUGUGAAUUAUGUAAUUUCUCUUUUCACAGACAGAGGUCUAUGGCUUGGCAAAAAAGAUCAACCGAACUUCUAUUCAGGUGGAACGCUGGUUCCGGAGGCGGCGAAAUCAGGAUCGGCCUGCAGUGAUGAAAAAGUUCCAGGAAUCCUGGUAAGGAUGUAAAAUGAUACUAGAGAUGCUAAGUUAAAAAUGUCAUAGUGAUGCUUCAGUGGCACAGCUUUCAUAAAACAUCAGUGUAAUUACAACAUCGUUCAUAAUCGACCGGAAUUAAAGUACACUGCAUCUGAGGACAAGUCUAUAUUUUACAACAUAGAGCAGUGGAUCCCAGCUCUUUCUGAAACAAGACAAACUACAGUGGGAGCAAACUUUUCAAGGCAUACCUUUUUACAUUAUACCUUCAUCCGCACGUUAUUAAUGUCACACUAUACUUCUACCUAAACUGACUUUUUAGCUUUAAUUUAAAAAUCACACUUCAUGUUGAGGCUUUAAAAAAAAACAUACAUUUUAAACACUGAAUUCAAGCUACCACGGUUCUGAAGUUACUAUGUUUAUGGCACACUGGUUUUAAACCAUUGAUUUUGAAGAGUAUUGUCCUCUAACCAGACAAAGUCAAGAUGAAAAUGAUGGCAUCUUAAUGAAAGUUGAUAGUCCCUUAACCUGCUGCUUUUUGCAGCUGAUUCCAUUACUUCCUCGAUUACUGGUGUCUGGAAAGGAUCAUGGGAAGGACCAUCUUUGCCCAGCACCUCUCCUGGCAUAUCAAUAAAGGGAAGGGGCUGAAUGCAAGCUGCAGCUCAGGAAUGUAACUUCCACCACUAUAUGUGCUUAUACUGACCCUAGAUCAGGCAUAGGCAACCUUUGGCACUCCAGAUGUUUUGGACUACCCCCCAUGAUGCUUUGUCAGCAUUAUGGGUGUAAGAGCAUUAUGGGGGAUGUCCACAACAUCUGCAGUGGAACCGAAGGUUGCCUACCCCUGUCCUAAAUUAAAGGAGCCCUAAUGCCAAAUAUACCAUAACUCUCAUUAUACCCCUGUUCUCCCCCAAAUAAAAAUAUGUAAUAGAAAAAUGUAAAACAUAAUCUCCAGUCUCCUUUUUAUUAGAAUGUUUUCAUAAGUCUGAUUUUAGUUAUUUUCCUGUUGUAAAUCUUAUAGUGCAUGUUCUUUACUUGAUCUGUGGUGAGCAGCACCUCUUGCUGUGUAUCUUUUUAAACAUGCAGAAAAUUUCACUCAGAUUCCUUUUUUUUUUUGAGGAGACUGUGUCUGCCUGGUUUACAUUGAACGUAAGCAGAGCAGGCCCUCCGAGACACUUUCCAUUAUUUGCAUGUGAUAAAGUUACAAAUCUCAGCUCUGUGUAAUUUGUAUACAGUGUGAGAGGUGCUGUGUUUGGAUAACACAAAGGGGACUGACUGCUGUGGCACUCAAUGUGCAGAGACUGACGGACCACACCCUUCUAGUACGCUGUAGCCUGUCAGUUCUCAAACCUCUGAAUCAGCACAGCUUUCCCCAUGACGUGUUCUGUUACUGCAAAUAACUCAGGGCUUAGAAAAUAAACUAUGCGUCAUCUCUAUUCCCACAAGACUCACUUUGGCUGGCAGAAAUAUGGCACCCUGACUGCUUGACCACUCAUUUAACAUGGAGAAAUAAGUUACACAGCUCAAUUGUGCAUGUAUGGAACCAGCUAUAUUAUAUGUAUACUAUGAUUAGAAUGCACACAAAAAACAAGAAAUCAUGCCGCAUUUAUAUGAUCGGCAUUUAUAUGAAAUGACAUAUUGAAAUACGUUCAUAUCUAAAUGUAAAGGUUAUGGGAGCUGUCCGAUGAGAUUUACUGUGGCACAAGCCUUGCAUUUUACAGAAAGCACAUAAUGGCAGGUACUAAAAUAAACUGAAAAAGAGAGAGCAUAAAAUAAAUAAAUAAAUGAAUAAAACAACGUCUAUACAGAGAAGCCGUCUGGUUGAACAACUGACCUAGGGCUGUCCAAUCUGUACACAAAACAAUAUAGUGAAAAAAUGAAUACUAUAGGUAUAAAAUAGGUGCCAGCAGCUGAAACACAAAAAUAAUUUCCCAACUUCUCAAAAUAGAAUGCAGAUAACAAUGCCAGCCCUUAGUGAAUCUGCCCCUCUAGAAUAUUGUAGGGGUAUAUUAGAACAGUUCUAUAUAAUAAGAGAUCCUAAAAUAAAGUUUAUCGGUCCAUUUAUGAUAAAACAUAAAAUAUGAAUAAAAGUAGUAAUAGUCACUGGGGGGUCAAAAUCUUGUCCGUAUCAAUGUUGAACCACGUAGUGUACUGGGUAUACCUUAAAAAUAAGGAAACAGAAUAUAGUGUAACACUGUAAAUUUAAUACCCUAGUACCAAAAAAAACCCAAGUUAGAAACUCUUACAAGAUUAAAAUGUGGUACCUAUCUCUAAGAACCACUAUCUCAGCUUGAUAUACAAUAAAUUCUACCAGGAUAGCAAAGGGGAUACCGGAUCCUCCAGAGGAGACCGCGUCUGCCUCGUGCACUGCAGCAGACAGUCCACGAUCUUAUUCUGGAGGUAAGUCCCGCUGGAUGCUGGAGCCUUGUGUGAAGUAGUCAAGUGCUGAGGUUAAAGUCCAGCACCUUCAACGCGUUUCGCCCUUCUUAUGAGGGCUUUCUCAAUAUGUUUUUUUGUGCUAGGGUAUUACAUUUACAGUGUUACAUUAUAUUCUGUUUCCUUAUUUUUAAGGUAUACCCAGUACACUACGUGGUUCAACAUUGAUACGGACAAGAUUUUGACCCCCCAGUGACUAUUACUACUUUUAUUCAUAUUUUAUGUUUUAUCAUAAAGGGACCGAUAAACUUUAUUUUAGGAUCUCUUAUUAUAUAGAACUGUUCUAAUAUACCCCUACAAUAUUCUAGAGGGGCACAUUCGCCAAGCACUGGCAUUGUUAUCUACAUAAUGGCAGGUGUACAGAGGAUUUACAGGAAUCAUUCUGGCAUGAUUCGGAAAACAGUUUGUGCCUUAGUGUAAUGACACGAUCUGUGGCCACUGGAUCACUAGGGACUAAGGUCCUCUUCCCAAGGAUAAGAUGGAAGAUGGACAGGGGAUAUGACAAGGGAAGACUUUUAAGGAGCCCUACAAAUGCUAUGGCUUGUCCUGAAUUGCUUUCAGAUGAUAAAUAUACAAGCAGUGUUGAUGGGACAGUUCAAGUAUCACUAUUUCACUUAUUCACUCUCCCCAUUAAAGUUGCCACGUCUGUCUCUUAGGGAUUCCCUUGUUUAAUUCUUGCCUCUGACUACCCUUACUAUAUCAGUUUAUUGUCCCCGCCUCGUCCCGCUGGCACACCUCCUUGGCUGAGAUCAUCAAGAUUGAUUAUCUCAGCCAAUCCAAUGCUUUCACCUGAAGAACUGCAGCUUAAUGUAGUUGUUCUGCUGAGUAUAGCCUGUACCUGUAGCUUUUUUUUGCUGUAAACACUGCAGUCUAGAGACACUCUUCAGAUGGCCACUGGAAAUGCUUCCUGGACCAGUGCUGUACAGUGAUACUGAUUGGCCAUGCCCCUCCUUCUUGACGAUCUCCUAUGGGAAAGCAUUGUAUUUGCUGAGAUCAUCAAUUCUGAUGAUGUCUGCCAAGGAGUCAGAUCGGGGAGGGGCAAGUGCAGGUGGACCGACGUGGUGCUGGAAAUAAGGUGAGUUUAUCUUUUAAGGGGGGCAAGCCACCUAAAUGUUGGUUUAAACACUGCAGGGUCAGGAAUAUAUGUUUAUGUUCCUGACCUUAUAGUUUUCCUAUAAAUUCCCUAGGAAUUCCUGGUUUAGAGAAUAACUAUAACAUAGCUUCAGAAUUUGACACUUGAUAAAAAGAAACAAUGAUUACAGUAAUGGGAUUAAUUCACUUUUUGAUAUAUCAAUUAUUCUCUAAGUACAGAAAAUACUGCUAGUGUAAAAAGGGUUUAAAAAAAACAAACAAAUACAACUAAAUAGUCCUAAAGCCUUAGAGGCAUUGAGCAAUAUGCCAAAACAACUAUCCUCGGUGGAUGUGUUGCUGUGGGAGUUCUGCUUCCAUAAUGAGUCCACACUCGUCUUCAGUCCUCCUUCUAUAUUGAUUUUCUUCUUAGACAUCCAGAGCACUGUCAACAUAUUUAUCAAUGGCCCACCAUCAAAAUAUGUCCCCACUGCUAUGUUCCACCAGCAAGUGGUGAAAGGGCUGAGGAUAACCAGAAAACAUUGAGUGUGAAGAAUAUGAAAAAAAUAUGACUAAAACAAAUUCUGAGGAACCCAAGAAUUGUUCGUUUUCUAGAACAUGUGCUUAAACAUAUAAGAUCGUGAGAAGAAUGUCAUUGUUUUGUGUUUAAAAGGAGACCAAAAAAAAAAACACACCUUCUACGGAGACGGUGUCAAGUCACUCGAAUGGUGGGGUGGGGAGUGGGGAGUGGGGGUUGACCCCCAGGAUGAAUAAACUAUUUGCAAAAUGAACACAAGAACUAACCAUGCAGGAGAUGAACCCUCAUGGAUAGUGUAACAAUAAUAAAACAUAACUUUUAAUGUAUUUAAAAUAUAAAAGGAACUGAAGAAAACUUUAAGUAAGACUGACAGACAGGCAUAUUGAUUUUGUGCCAGAGACCACAUGUACGGUGCCAUUUUUAGAUUAAUGCUGGGUAAUUGCAGAGUAACUUCAUUCCGAGAUGGUGCCUGAAGCGUUUUAAUGGCCUUGCCAAUGAUACAGCAGUUUAGAAACACCACAAAACAAAGGAUUCUUGCUCUGAAGGACAUGACAGAAGAAGUUACGGCUAAAUCGUGGCAACCGAACAUUGCUUUUUGUACACACACGUCUGUGCUCCCUUUAUGUGUAUAUUUUAUUUAAAAUAACAAACACAAAAACACUUGUUAGUUUUUAGCAAGAGAAAAACUUUUAACUGGGAACUGUCUGUUCUCACGAUUUUUAUAGUAUGUUUACUUAAUACUUACAUUAACAUGCAUAUUUGUGAAGUAGAAAAAGCUAAAAACAAAUACAGAAAAGCGCUCUUUAUACAGCAACUGGUGCCUCCAUCUUGGCACUCUGUCAGUCAUUGUUAUAAAUUGUCAUUUACAAAAAUUAAACAAUAUUUCUAUUUCUCCUUAUUUGCAACGUGUGCCUGGAUUGAAUUGGAUUGUGAUGUCAUUUGCACAAUUUUAAUAUAAUUUCAACAGAUCAUUAGGUGGAAAUAAAAGUUACACUAGUUAUAUGGUAGAAUUUCCAGAGACAGUAUUGUUCCCUUUUAGUUGGGUAAAGCAUAACAAUAUAGAAUGUGUGCAUGAUCUGGGUGGGACCAACAAACCAUACGUUGAUUCCGUGAAGACUUAUCCUACAAGCAGUCAUCAUGUGGAAAGGUGUCUGGAAGAAAAUCUUUCCAGUAGACUAGCUAACUUUAAGGGCUUCAGCUUUAAUAUAGUGUAAUUAGAGGCUGCAUGAAACCACUAGGGACAAUAAUUACCAAUCAACAGGAGAGCAAUCAACCUUAAUUUCAGAACAGGAUGAAGCAAUUCCAACAAGCUGCCGUAAUCUUGUUAGAAAGAGGACACACUGGAGUUAAGUUACCAUCUGCUAACUUUUCCCUGCAGACCCAAUAAAUUAUUUGGAGAAUUGUUGUGUAACCAGCCAGGGAAGGCUUUUUUGUGUGCAGUCUGAUAUGCCAUUGUUUGUGUAGUAAAGCUCUGUCUUUAAAACAGCAAUGAAUUACAAUUCCUAUCAUGAUUAGCCGAAUAAUGUUCUUAAAAGCACAACUAGGUUUUUUCGACUACAUCAGAUAAUUGUAUGUUCUCAAGUAUAUAAGCUUAUAAAUAGAUUUGUGUUACAGAUGCUGAAAAUACACACAGUAUCACCUGCCCAAGCAAGCUGAGAUCAGACAGUUGGUGCCGUGGCAAUACCUCAUUGCUUUGCCUGCAACACAAAUGCAUGCCAAUGUUGGCGCUGUGUGUGCGUGGAGCUGGUCAGCUGAUAUUCUGCCACACAGGACCACUUGCAUACUAGCUCUGUGUGACCUGUGCAGCAAUGGAAAUGGCAUAGGCACAUUAAGUCUUGUGAGUACAAAUAGGGAUGCAAUAAAGGCAGCAAAGGCAUUGGAAAUUUCUUAUGGAACCAGGACUAUAAUUGUUUUAAUUGCACAUAAAUAAUAUGCCACCCUUCGCAGUAAAUAUCUGAAUGUUAUCUUUGAAGUAAGCUCAUUUUUUAAAAUUUCUUAGUGGGUUUAUGUCCAGUGAAGUCAAAAUAUUUGUUUUCGGUAGUUUCAUUUAUUUUUUAAAAUAGGCUUUAUUAAUCACUGUAUGGGGUAUAAUAUAUAAUAUUUUGACAUUGUGCAAAAUGUAAAAAUCUGAGAGCUCAAAUAUGGUAAACCUCAGAAUAACCAAGCAGAGUUUAUAGAUUUGUCUGACAUACUGACUCUUGAAAACCCAGAAAUGAUGCAAUCUGUGCUUAAUAGACUGAUUUUUUUUUUUUUUCAUGGAUGAACUAAGGAAGCUCUGUACCAAUUACAGUAUAUUAACCAGAUCUUUUUUUACAUCUGGUGUGUCCUGAUUUUAAACAUCUCUAUAUGUUCCUUUGCAGCUGGAGGUUUAUUUUUUAUCUUGGAGCUCUGGUCGGAGGAGUUGCAGUUCUUUACGAUGUAAGUAACAUUUUGGCAUGCAAAAAUGGAUAUAUUUGAAUCAAAAGUAAAAUAUUUUCAAUACUAUUUUGAGUACUGGAUGAAAUGUAAUGGAAAUACUCAGUUUUCAAUUCUUGUGCAAACAUUCUAAAAGGAACUUUGGUUGUGUGUUAUGCAGUUACACUACAUAGGUUUUAAUGAGAUUUUCUAUACCUUGUCAUUAUUUAUAAUGGUAUAACUUGCUAUAUUUAUAAAGUAAAAAGCUAAAAAGUGUCCUAUUUUUUUCCUUUUGGAAAUAGUGCAGAUUUCAACAUAAAUCGAAAUUUUUAUAAAUUCUACUGGUAAGUGGCUUAUGAAGCAGACCUGUCCUGUUACUUCCUGGUUUGGUUAGCUUAGUUGCAUUGAACUCAAGAGGAGGCAAUUGCCCAGAACACCUGCUUUGCAAAUACAAUUGAGCUGCACAGGGAAGUAAGUGAUUGGACAGCCACAGAAAGUCUGGGUGGGGUUAGGAGAGGAGGGAUUUCAAAGACCACAGAGAAGAGGUCUGCAGUUUUUGGAAGGUGUUUUUUUUUUUUUUUUGAUGAUUUGAUAAUUUGAUGAUUUCAAUGAACAAAGUUUGGAGAUAUCUAUCAAACAGUGAUUUAUUUAUUUUUUUUUGUAUUUUUUUUUUUUUGUAUUUGGGCAUUUGAGUGUGCCUUUAAUGUCGAAGUUUUUGUUUAUACAGUGUGUUGUGGACAGAAAUAUUAAUUUAGUUUAUAUUAGUAAAAUGCCUAUUUACUCAGAAUAAUUAUAAUCAGCAUUAUUCAAUUCUCAUGUGAUUAACUAAAAUGGCUGCUGGGGAGUUUCCCCUCUAACAUCGACUAACUACCUCAAGACAAGAUGGCGCUGGAAUCUGGGGGAGACCCUCAUGAUGCCAGUGACAUCAACUCCUGUAGGCAGAGCAUUAGAAGAACCACUUAACACCUAACCAAUUAAUUAUGUAUUAUUUCAUGUUAUCGUUGACAAAGCAUAUGAUGUAAUCCUGCUUUAAAAGGGACCUGCCGUCCCCUCUGAAUAAACAUUCCUAAGUUUUUCAUCAACCAGAAACUUGUGUCCGGUGUGAAAUUACUUCAGGAGCGUGCACACACUUCUUUUUCAAUUUGGCCAGGGGCAGAUACACAUAAUAAUCAAUAUUAUUGAUUGAUUUCCAUUUCACAGUGAUAGCCAGAUAUAGGCUAGUUGACCAUUGUGUAACAAUUAAACACUAUAUAAGGUUGCAUACUUUGGUAUAGAAAAACAGAUAUGCAGUACGGAAGGUAUGCAGCAUAAUGAUUAGCAAUGCUAAUAAUGCAAUAUUAGGAACACUUUGUAUGUGCAGCAACUCUGUUAUAUAAACUAUAUAGCGGAUGGUUAGUUACCAUUACAAUUGUAUUUACGGUUUCACAAUGAAUAAACAAGGCAGUCUGGUACCCUGAAUAGUGGCACUUGUUUGAGGGUUUAAUUUGAGUUGAUGUCAUCUUAACCUGUUAUUGACCAGAUUAUAGAAGAAAGUGACGAAGGUUUGUUGAAUACAUCCUGCAAUUUCUUUUAGACUAUCAAAACACUUUCCUCAUGGAAAAACCGAAGAUAUUCUCUCUAUUAACUUGGCUCAAGGGGCUUCCCGCUGAUUAAAAAUCACAAACCUCUUCCCAGCAAGGGAUAAUAUACUCUGCCUCUUUAUUCACAGGUGAUUUCCCACGAACAAAGUGCUGUAUAUAUUUGUAGCUGGCAGUACAUUGAAUAACAUUCAUUCAUUGCAAGGGAAAAAAACAUCUGAUUAAAGUUGGCUUGCAUAAGGCUUAUUGUUGUGCUGAAAUGUGUUUCUCUGCCUUUUUCAGAAACCUUGGUUUCACGAUGUAUGGGAAGUUUGGGUGGGCUACCCAAAACAGGCAAGUGCCACAAUGUUUUAUAGUAUAUAUCGUUGUUCUAUCUAUCAUAUCUUUGCUCUACAAAUACGUUUCUGCUUUUUCACAUAUCCAGUUGCCUUUUGAUAGCUUUAUCAAUUGUUCUGUAAUAAUUUCUUAGUUUUUGUUGUUUUCUUUGUCAUUUACUGCAUUUCGUAUUGCAACAUAUUCCUUAUUAUGAGUGUAAGUAGAGAUUUAGUAGGCAUUUGUUUUUUAGAUCUUAUUACCAGCAAUAAAGUAUACUUUAGGGCAUACGUUAAAUCUUUGUAGGCGAAGGAUAUUCUGAGUUAUAUAUUGAAGCAUAGUGGAUAAAGCCCUCUCUCAUAAGGAGAAUUGACUGAGGUGCAAAAUGUCAGGAGAAUGAUGGAUAAGGAAUACAAACUUGAAAUGGCAUUUAUUACAGAUUGUAAAACAAUGUUACUCCAACCUCCAUGACCACUUCUCCUUUUAGAAGUGGUCAUGGAGCAAGCAAUCUGUACGUGCAGUGUUUCUGCUUGAAUCGCUGCACAUACAGAGAUAUCUGGACUUUUAUGCCCCUCUGUCCAUCCCUCCCUGCGUAAUGUCAGACCUCCCUCCCUUCCUAAUUCCUACUUUCUAUUCUGUGUCUCCCUUCUACUCUACCUUCUCCCCCCCCCACCCAUCUACUCUUCUGGCAGCUGAAUGGCCAUUAAUUGGCACUCACUGCGCAUGUGCCGAUGCUGCAUUAGUGCUUCUCAUUGCUUCUUCAUCAUUUGAUUGGACAGUGACUAGGAAGAAGAUGACCUGGUAUGACAACAAAGGAGACUUAGAAACUAGGUUAUGGUUGAAGAUGAAGUUGCAGUAAUAAAGACAGGAAGUAAUGCAUGCAUAUCACCUUUAUUUUAAUUGACAUAUUUUUGCCUGCUGUGAAAGUCGUGUUUAUUAUUUAAGUUUUGUUUUGAGCCAGAACUUAAGAUCUUUGUGCGGCUCUGACAAAACGUUGUUGGAUAUUGAGUAUUCCGUCCUGUAUUUGUUUCUAAUGUUAUCAUUUGGAUUUGUGUUGUCUUUAGGAAGUACUGACGUCCCAGUACUGGUACUAUAUACUGGAAUUGAGCUUCUACUGGUCCCUUCUAUUCAGCAUUGCCUCGGAUGUUAGAAGGAAGGUAAGAGCAAACUUGUGCAUGCAGACAAUUGUGUGUCUAUGGUUUACAAUAACAUGCUCAGGAUUGCCCAUUCCUGUGUUUUCCAUGUGUGUUCUCUUUUCAGAAAGGAAGUAAAAGGAAACCGAAACCCGUGACAGGUUACAAUCUCUGACAUGUCUUUAGAAGGAAAUAGCAGGCAUUUUUGUUUUACUUUCAGUAAUAUUAAAGCUUAGUGUUAAAAUCUCUGGAGUGCCUGCUUUACAAUAAGAAUAACUACGAUCAUGUUCAACUCAGUCUGUUAUCUGCUGCAUCAAACAGGAACUGGAAGUAUGACUAAAUACUAGUUAUACAUUUUGUGUUUAAACCAUAUAGUCUAGCACUCUGUAUCUUAAUUUUAUUCAAGUUAUUACAACUCAGUGGGUAUUGUUUAAUAGGUUUUGAAAUUUAGGAUUUUAACCUGUAAAUGUAGCGCCAGAGACUUGGCCCGCCGAGGUCUGUGGAUGCUCUUUCAAGUCUGAAUUCUUCAUCAUGUGAAUAAACAUUAAUUUCUGUGGCUAGCAAGCUGCAGAUUUCUUCUUGGGGAAAAAAAAAGUGAUAAAACAUGAUGAUUGAAAUCUAUUCAUGUGCAGAUGCACAUGCAGAAGCAGGCAAUAAUUUCCAUCGAGCUCAGCAGAGACCCAGGUGCCAUGGAACCACACAGCACUUCAAUGGUUGUAGCAAUUGGAUUCACUUUGUUAGUGCCCACAGUGGAGUUUUUUAUCUUUCUUCAUUUUGUGACUAGCAUAUAUACACCAUCAAUCUUAAUAUUUUACGUGGUGUCACUCACAGAUUGCCUGUAUGGUUUUGGCACCACACCCAUUCAUGAAAGCACAAUGCAUCAUGAAAUGACCAUAAACAUAUUUUUUUUUUUUUUUUUUUUAAAGGAUAGAUAUUUUUAGAACUGUAAUGUGGUAAAACUGUUUUGAACCAGGCCAGGCAUAUUCCUUUAUAUAUUCUUAGCUUAGCUGUGUUGGUGCUGCUGUUUACAACAAUAGUGAAAAUAGUGCCAGUACCUUAGUCUGAAUGAGGAGUUAUCCUAUCACUAGCUUCCUAUGUACACAGUAAGCUACACACACAGCUGAAAUGAGGAUAGAUGGAGGGAUGCUUUUGGCCUUUUGUAGACGUCAUGAAUGAGCACCAAAGCUGACCCACUUCUAACUAUAGUUGGACAGGUUGGAGCACAUAUAUUCUAUUAUGCUGUGUUUAUUAAACAUAAUCUUUUUAACUAGAGUAUUGUAUUUGAGUAUGUGUGUAAUUUCACUGUUUUCUCAUUGCAGGACUUCAAUGUACAAGUCGUUCACCAUUUAGCCACCAUUUUUCUCUUGAACUUUUCCUGGAGCGUCAAGUAUAUCCGUGUGGGCACACUCACCCUGUUGGUUCACGAUGUCUCAGACAUUUUACUGGAGGUAACAUUUUCACCUUGAUUUUUAAUUGCGAAUUAGCUUGUUUAAAAUAUUUCAAACAAAAUGUGAGAUUUUAGCAUUUUUUUUUUUCACCUUGACAGCAGGCAGAGACAUACUGGAUUUAAAUAUCUAACUCUUGUUUCUUUUUCUGUCCUCAGGCUGCCAAAAUGUGCAGUUAUGCAGAAUGGAAGAAGUCGUGCAAUGCCCUCUUCAUUUUGUUUGCAGUGGUUUUUGUCAUUAGCCGACUCAUUAUCUUCCCCUUCUGGUAAGCCAUAUCCCAGAGCCAGAUUCAUAUUUGUGCAAUGACUCUUACCUACUCAUUGGAUACACAUUUAGUGUUUGUGAAUGGGAACAGUUGACUAGACUUUUGAGUUUAACAAGGGAAGGUAGACAACCUUACUCAUGGGAUGAAUAAGCGAAGUAAAGAGAGCGAGAUGAAGAAGGUAUAGAAAGAAAAGGCGUCUGAAUGAAACAUGUCCCCUACAGCGAUGGGCCCUAUUGAACCUGAUAAGCCUUGCGCUGUGACCAUACAUUUUGUAAGGGUGUUUCAUAUAAUGGUUGUUUCAGGAUAAUCGUUUAAGGAGUAUAACUACUGCAUCCAUGACUGGACUCUCCUUGCAGCUAGUGUAACUAGAGUUUCUUCUCUUAGGGAUGUCAGACCCUCCAAGGGUCUCAUUGAAGUUGUUUAUUAAAGAUGCUAGCUAUCAGGUUAUCUGUUAAGGUGUAUCUUUCUCUGCUGAUGGAAUACAUCGUCCUCAGCUAUCAAGUUGUUCAAUAACAUUCUACAUGUUUUACAUGGACAAACAUGUGGUGAUUCAUUCUAAUGUCUGGAUACUGCUACACAUGUAGAUAAUUCUACAAACAGAUCCAGCACACCACAGUAGUGAAAAAGAUUUGAUUGCAGUCCCACAACAAGAAACAUUCAACCUAACAAGAAUAUCUUUGUCAAGCAGUUAGCAUAGACACAUUCUGGCUCUAGAAUAGCUGUACUGCAGAUCUAAUUGACUGAACAUGGCAAUGCCACCUUUCCUGUCAUUAACUUUACUUUUAAGUACUGGACUCUAAACCGACUCAAUAAGAGCACAAAACUCUACUCUACACCAGUGAUUGUCAACCUUUUCUGAACUGUGGCACACUUUAAUAAGAUGACAAAUUCUAAGGCACACCUGUUCAGUGCACAUAUGUUACCUGAACUGGUGCGUUCCAAUUCCUACAAGUUAUCAUUAAAAUUUAAAUGCAUGAGCAUUUUAUUUAUUGAAAAAAACACUUAUGAAAUAAACUCUACCUCUCAGCAAAAACCUUUUAAUAGUAAGAAUAAUAAUGGUGGCUGGAUGAGUAUUUUACUUUUGUCCAGGGUACUGAAAUGACUGAUUUGCACACAGGUCCCUGUAACCCCAUUGAAUACCGUCAUUGUAAACCGUAUAGCCGAAUUUUGAAACAAACCUGAUUACCCAAUUGCACUAAUUUACAUGUGGCUGCCUCACAUGUAGAAGCAAAUCCCAACAAAAGUAUUCAAACUCCGAGUGGAAAGCCUUCCUAGAAGAUUAAGACUAUUAACGCAAAGGGGCACAUUUUAAAAUCAAUGAUCUUUUUAUGCAAUAUUCAACAUACAAGUGCCAUUGCACUUUUGGCCACGAAGUAUACUUGUCGGUAAACAAAGUGAUCAGAAAUUCGAAACCCUUUGUGCAUACGGCCUGUGCCAAAUGAGAGUGCACUUUGAGCAACCAUAAUAAAAACAAAAAACUGCUCAUUUUGCUUCAUUAAUCACACAUGCGCACACACACCUAGCAGAUCCUCUGUGACUUAGUACAUAGUCAGAAGGGACAUCAAGUUUACCUAGUAUAUCAUUUUGUUUAGUGGGGUGUUUGCUUAGGUUGCUGUCUUAGGAUGCAAAUAACAUAAUGCAGAUAAUGUAAGUUUUUACACAUGAAAGCGAAUACAUAAUGUACAUUAGGAGUGAUGGUAAAUCUCGUAAAACACUCUGGGCUGCAAUUUAAAGGUAAUCUAUAUAACCUAUUUCAUUAAAUAGAGUUUGCAUUUCCAGAUGGCUCUCCAAUAAUUUCUCGUGUUGGAAGCUGUCCCAUGACUUGUUAAACUUUGUUUAUGCUGUAACAAAGCAAAGAAGGCAUUCUCUCUGCAAGCAAACGUGUUUAAAGUAUGGAAUGGGAGUUUAAUCAAAUUAACCAUUAUAAUGAAACUUCACUGCAAAUGCAACGUGUAGAAGUUGUCUUUUAUGCACACACACAAAUACUGUAUAUUCACAGAUUUGCAUAUCUCUAAGAAGCAUGAUUAAUGGAGGAUGUGAUGCUGUGAGUAUACAAGAAGAGUGCAUGGAUAUGGUCAUCCACGGCAAACACAGAAGUACAUUAUUAAGUGUUCUUGCAUAGCAAGACCACUUAUUGUUAUCUCACAUAUAUAUUAUUAAGUGUUCUUGCAUAGCAAGACCACUUAUUGUUAUCUCACAUAUAUAUUAUUAUUAUUAUAGCCAAAUUUGCCACCCUAACUCCUCCCACAGUUUUUACACUACAUAGACAAAAAUUUACCAAAACGUGCAGAUUGGUCCCGAUCGGAUUGCUAUUACUAUGUGGAACGUUUCGCUGAAUGGUUCACGGAAUAUCGUCGUUCUUGUGGUGAAAUUUGUCCCAUAGGAAUGAAUGGCAAAGCUAGAGUGGGAGCUGGCAAAAGCUGAAAAAUCAGGACAUGAUUUCUAAACUGCCACCACUCCCUUAUUUUCAGGCCCACCUACACAAAUCUUAUAUCAAAACGUUCAGCUAUCCCUGCUGCCUCUAAACAUGUCAACGGCUAAGCCAUAGUCCUCAUAGUUUUCACAAUAUAAUCAUUUGUUGGCAACUAACGCCGUCCAUUGACAUUCAUUGAAACUUCACUCUACAAAGCUCAAAUUUGAAGUGCAAUUUCUAAACUGCGACUGUGCCUUCAUUUUUAAUACUUCAGAGACAUACUAUGCAUCAAAAUGUAGGUCUGGGUCUUGUGAUUCUCACAAUAUAAAGCUCUUCGCUGUAGGAUUUAUAGUUUUUAAAAUACGACCGUUUGAAGAUGGCAACCCGCCAAAAUACUCUGACCUGUGCCAGGCUGCAGCAGCAAGUGAUGUCAUAGACAGGGCCUUUUGAACAUCUGCUAAUGUUUUUAUAAAUGUAUGGUUUAAUGUAACUGCAACAACGUUGUAAUUAAAUGUGCUAUAUAAAUAAUAACAGUUACUCCGCCCACUCCAGUUGUAGACUACUGGUGGAGGCAAGAACACUUCACACAAUUUCCCCAGAAAUUGUAGCUUUUCUAGUUGAGAAAAUGACAUGUAUAUUGAAAGGCACAAAGUCGAGCAUUAGGCUAGUGCCCUAACAAACACAAAUAAGUGGUUUACUUCAUGUGUGAGGUCUGGCUCUAACCUGAAUAUAGUUAACUGCUUAAAUGCUGACAUAAUUGGCAUUCCAGAACCUGGAGCAGAUUUGUUUGGGGAUUACAUUGCUAACCACGAUAAUAACCAGCUCUCAGAAAAGCUCUUUCUUUGCAAGUCCACUUAGUUCUGAAAAUGUGCUGAAUUGUAAUAUAUAAUAAUACACUGCUCAAAAAAAUAAAGGGAACAUUUAAACAACAUAAUGUAACUCCAAGUCAAUCACACUUCUGUGAAAUCAAACUGUCCACUUAGGAAGCAACACUGAGUGACAAUCAAUUUCACAUGCUGUUGUGCAAAUGGGAUAGACAACAGGUGGAAAUUAUAGGCAAUUAGCAAGACACCCCCGAUAAAGGAGUGGUUCUGCAGGUGGUGACCACAGACCACUUCUCAGUUCCUAUGCUUCCUGGAUGAUGUUUUGGUCUCUUUUGAAUGCUGGCGGUGCUUUCACUCUAGUGGUAGCAUGAGACGGAGUCUACAACCCACACAAGUGGCUCAGGUAGUGCAGCUCAUCCAGGAUGGCACAUCAAUGCGAGCUGUGGCAAGAUGGUUUGCUGUGUCUGUCAGCGUAGUGUCCAGAGCAUGGAGGCGCUACCAGGAGACAGGCCAGUACAUCAGGAGACGUGGAGGAGUCCGUAGGAGGGCAGGAGGACCGCUACCUCUGCCUUUGUGCAAGGAGGAACAGGAGGAACACUGCCAGAGCCCUGCAAAAUGACCUCCAGCAGGCCAUAAAUGUGCAUGUGUCUGCUCAAGUGGUCAGAAACAGACUCCAUGAGGGUGGUAUGAGGGUCCGACGUCCACAGGUGGGGGUUGUGCUUACAGCCCAACACCGUGCAGGACGUUUGGCAUUUGCCAGAGAACACCAAGAUUGGCAAAUUCGCCACUGGUGCCCUGUGCUCUUCACAGAUGAAAGCAGGUUCUCACUGAGCACACGUGACAGAUGUGACAGUCUGGAGACACCAUGGAGAACGUUCUGCUGCCUGCAACAUCCUCCAGCAUGACCGGUUUGACAGUGGGUCAGUAAUGGUGUGGGGUGGCAUUUCUUUGGGGGGCCGCACAGCCCUCCAUGUGCUCGCCAGAGGUAGCCUGACUGCCAUUAGGUACCGAGAUGAGAUCCUCAGACCCCUUGUGAGACCAUAUGCUGGUGCGGUUGGCCCUGGGUCCCUCCUAAUGCAAGACAAUGCUAGACCUCAUGUGGCUGGAGUGUGUCAGCAGUUCCUGCAAGACGAAGGCAUUGAUGCUAUGGACUGGCCUGCCCGUUCUCCAGACCUGAAUCCAAUUGAGCACAUCCGGGACAUCCUGUCUCGCUCCAUCCACCAACGUCAUGUUGCACCAUAGACUGUCCAGGAGUUGGCAAAUGCUUUAGUCCAGGUCUGGGAGGAGAUCUCUCAGGAGACCAUCCGCCACCUCAUCAGGAGCAUGCAUAGGCAUUGUAGGGAGUUCAUACAGGCACGUGGAGGCCACACACACUACUGAGCCUCAUUUUGACUUGUUUUAAGGACAUUACAUCAAAGUUGGAUCAGCCUGUAGUGUGUUUUUCCACUUUAAUUUUGAGUAUGACUUCAAAUCCAGACCUCUAUGGGUUGAAAAAUUUGAUUUCCAUUUUUAAAUUUUUGUGUGAUUUUGUUGUCAGCACAUUCAACUAUGUAAAGAACAAAGUAUUUCAGAAGAAUAUUUAAUUUAUUCAGAUCUAGGAUGUUAUUUUUGUGUUCCAUUUAUUUUUUUGUAAAAAUCCAGCCUCUAUUUUGGAUCCCUCAGUGGAAUAUUAUUAUUAUUUAUUAUUAUUAUUAUUAGCAUCUAAACAGUGCCAACUUAUUCCUCAGCACUUUAAAUAUGUUGUCUCCUUAUAAAUGACAAUGAUUGUAAUAAUGAUGGUGUAUUUAAAAAAAAAAAAAAGUUGACCUCAAGAGGGUGAUGCUACACAGGUGCCUGGUUGAAUGAAGCUGUUAUCAAACCCAGUCAUAAUGUACACCAAGAUAGGGAUGUGGUUUUUGUUGUUUUUGUUGAUUAACUUUGUAGAUUAACUUUGUAGUAUCUGUAUUAUAUAACAGGCAACCUAAUUACUAACCUGUUGUUCAUGGGGUAUAAAUUCUUUGUACUCUUUACAAUGAGUGGGCCACAAUGGGAUGUGUGUUAGAAUGGAGAUACCACAUAUUUUUUUAAGUAUGAAACCUUGUCUAAAACGCUCUUUCUUUUUUAGGAUUAUCUAUGCUACAGUGGUCUACCCCCUGUACUACUGUCCGCGAUUCUUCCUGUAUUACUUCUUCAACAUGCUUAUGUUCACUCUGCAGUUUCUUCACUUGUACUGGACAUACCUUAUCUUCAGAAUGGUGAAAAAAGUAAUUUCAGGAAAUGUAAGUUAUGUGCUAAGUGUUCAUACUGAUCUAAAUAUUAUUGGAUAUCAGAGCUCUGAGUUGCUUCACUCCUCCUUUAUGCAAUGUGUCUUUUGACAUUUGUGUUAAUUUUGGGUAAGGUAACUUUUUGGAUCAUAGAUGUGAAAUAUAGUGUAGUGUUCUGGGAUAACAGAAAUCCUAAUAAUAAGAAUCAAGAAUGUAAAUAUUAUUUAUAGUUUUCUUCUGUCCUUAAUAAAACACACACACACAUAAUAUUGUGGCUGUAUACUUGCACUCAGGCUGAAUUUUCUAUGGCCGGGUGCCAGUCCCAGAGGUCAAAUGUUGCAUGUUUUCUAAUAUUUGAAAUAUAUUAUAUAUAUAUAAAAAAUAUAUAUAAAAAAAAAAAAAAAACCCCAUAAAAAUAUACCAGAGUAUAAGUCGACCCAAAUAUAAGUCGAGACCUCUAAUUUUACCCCAAAAAACUGGGAAAACUUAUUGACUCAAGUAUAAGACUAGGGUGGGAAAUACAGCAGCUACACGUAAAUUUCUAAAUAAAAUGAUAUCCCCCAAAAAUUAUAUUAAUUGAAUAUUUAUUUACAGUGUGUGUGUGUGUGUGUGUGUGUGUGUGUGUGUGUGUGUGAUGCAGAGCCUUGGUGGGGGGUUGGGCAUUUUUAUUAUUUUUUUUUUUUAAAUUUUUAUUAUUAUUAUUUUUAUAUAUAUUAUUAUUUUUUUAUUAUAUUAUUAUUAAAUUUUUUAUUUAUAUUUUCAUCCCCUCUCCCUGCUUGUUAGCUGGCCAGGGAGGGGGGCUCUCAUUCCCUGGUGGUCCAGUGGAUGGGCUGUGCAGGAGGGGGGCUGUCAGCUCCCUUCUCCUCUGGUCCGGUCAGCUCCCCUGUCAGCUCAACUGUAAGUCUCGCUAUGUGACCGCUGCGCAGAGCGUUGCCACGGUAACCCGCGGCUCUCGCGAGACUUACAGGGGAGCUGACUGGACCGGAGAAGGGAGCUGACAGGAGCUGCAGGAAAGUUAAGUUACAGCUCGCUGCCGGCCCCCAACAGGACCGCCGGGCUUGAAAUGAGCUCGGCGGUCCUGGUCUGUAUUAUGGCAAUGUAAGUUGCCGUAAUACAGACAGUGACUCCUUGAGUAUAAGACGAGUGGGGGUUUUUCAGCACAAAAAAUGUGCUGAAAAACUCGUCUUAUACUCGAGAGAGUGUGUGUGUGUGUGUGUGUAUAUAUGUGUGUGUAUAUAUAUAUGUGUGUGUGUGUGUGUGUGUGUGUGUGUAUAUGUAUAUAUAUAUAUAUUUAUUAUUAUUAUUAAAUAGGUUAUUUUCACAUCCAAUCAUAACUACAUAUUUGUCAUAAGGGUUUCUACGUUCCUUUGAUCAAAUCUUAAUAAAUCCCCAACUAGUCCAGUUGUAUCCUUAAAACGUCAGUGUCAGGUUUUUUUUUUUUUUUUUUAAACUCAGGGACACUAUACUCACCAUAACAAAUACAAUAAGCUGUAGUUGUUCUGGUGACUAUAAUCAGUCCCUUCAGGCUUUUUGCAGUAAACACUGUCUUUUCAGAGAAAUUGCAGUGUUUAUAUUACAGCCUAGUGAUAGCUCCACUGGCCACUCCUUAGAUGGCUGGUAAAUCUGCUUCCAAGGGCAGUUCUGCACAGUGUGCAGCACUGCUAUUCAGUGUCUCCACCCUCUGCAUGCAGACACUGAACUUUCCUCAUAGAGAUGCAUUGAUUUUACUAUAUUUAGGGAGACAUGAUGGGCCCAGGGGGCUAGAUGGUGGUUUUAACACUAUGGGGUCAGGAAUACAUGUUUGUGUUCCUGACCCUAUAGUGUUCGUUUAAUCUUGAGGAGAAGAAAAUGGAGGUGUCCAGAUAUUCAGAUCCGGCUCAAGAAAUUAAAUGAUGCUAAAUAAUAUUGAUAAUUUUUCUGUAAAUCUACAACAAAAUGAUACAAUUAGAUGUGUUAAAGAGCAAUUAGAAAGUUUUGAUUUUGAGGGAUAACACACAUUAGAGAAGCGUAUAAGGUGACUCUUACACAGAAAAAAAAAAAAAUAUAUAUAUAUAUAUAUAUAUAUAUAUAUAUAUAUAUAUAUAUAUAUAUAUAAAAUAUUAACCAACAACAUGUCAGAGGAAUCGCAAUAACAAUGUAUUUAGCAUCCUGGUCUUGAAGUUGUUAAUAGGCUAUAUACACUUAUACAUACAUCCACUGCUUAUGGUUUUUUUCUAUGCCCCAUUUUUGUUUUGAGGAGAGGAGAAUAAGCCUUCAUAAAAGGAUUAGACUUGUGUUCCGUAGUUUUCCUGUGCUGUUCUCCCAGUACUCCCGAUCCUUUGGGAUAGGCACCAAGGAGUUAAAAAAAAAAAAAACCUCUAUAGUAAGAAGGAAAUGAGCAUUGCUACUCUAGAUGUUGUGUGGUCCUUUUGCACGUUACAGAUUUAAAGUAUCACAAGCACCAUUCAGAGUUUGCAAACUGCAAGUGUGUGUGUGUGUAGUAUCGGUUAAGGAAGUGGCUAAUCAGAAGACAACUUAACUGAAAUCUUUUUCAGUAAUGUCUUCUCAUCUGUUUUCUUUAACCCCUUAAGGACCAAACUUCUGGAAUAAAAGGGAAUAAUGAUGUCACACAUGUCAUGUGUCCUUAAGGGGUUAAAUUAUCACUAAAUCAAAUACAGUCUGGAAAACAUGAUAUUUUUCUCCAUUCUGACCCUUGGUACAAAUCUUUAGUUUUGAGGUAAGACCCCCCCUCCCUUCCUUGCAUGUGCAGGCAUCCAAAGGCUUAUUAUUUUGCUCUUUGUGCUUGUGCCAAGUGAGGAUUUUUGAGCAGAGCUCACACAGCGCCCCCUGGAAUCUUUCCAGCUCACAGAGGCCAGGGAGGAGCAAUGGAAUGCUCUAUUAACCCAACCGAAUGCUUCGGGCAUUAUAUAUAUUUGAUAUUAUUCGUUUAUGUAACACAAGCAUGUUCACAAUGCUGAUACAAAUAAUACAAAAUAGGAAUAAUAGGUAAUGAUGGCCCUACUCAAAUUGAUUAUUCAUUAAUGUGUGAACUGCCAGGAAUUCAAAGUGAUUUUUCUAAUUUAACUGAAGAUAGCAGAAGUGAAAACAAAUCUGAGAAUUUAUUCAAAUCGAUUAUUUUAACUUUGCGUCCCUAUCAAUUUUACACGUUAGUGAAUAAUGCUGUGCGGGUUUAUUGACAUUCACAGGGUCAUUCACUACACAUACUAAAAAUUCUCAUGCAUUAAAUCCAAAUGGAAAAACUGAGGUGAAAUUAGCUGAUCUGGAAAAAUUCUCCAACUCGCCCAUAGUCACAACUUGGCUAUUUCUGUCUGUUUUUCCAUUCAGAUUUUUAGAGUUCAGUGAAGAAUCCUGUGCGUGUAUACCUAAUUGCCUUUAAAUGUGUUAACCUUAUUUGGAGUCUAUGUACUCUGAGGCCUCUCAGUGGACAAAUUAAUAACUUCAAGUGAAUGUUAAUAUGUGCAGAAAUAAACAGAAAUCUCAUUAUAGUCAUACGUUUCCUACUGAUCUGGACAAAUUGCACAGUCUUUAAUAUUUUUUUUUUAUGACUGUUCAGAAUAAAUCACAAAUAUGUCCUGCUAGAACAAAGGGUUAAACUAACAGUUGCAAUGCAUUUUGAUCAUUCUAAAAUCCUGUUUUUCAUUUAAGUCAGACUACAUUUUUCUGCUGCAUUCAUAUUUUAUAGGGAAAAGGUAUUUUAUAAAAGAUUAAUGCUCCCAAAUGAAGCUGAAGUCCACAGUAGAUUCUAAUAGAGGAAUGUUGUCUUUUAUUUAAAAAGCCACAUAGAUAAGUCUUAUCAGAGACUAUUAAUGUUUCUGUCUUUCUAAAAUGUCAACAACUUGUUCUCAUAAUAAAUGCUAGAAAUAUUUUGGAUCCGUUCAUUAGAGAAGUGAUUUUAGUGGAAAAGAAACAAUACAUUCUGCGGAUUAACUGCAGAAUAAUAUUGGGAUGGAGAAUGCACCUACCUGACUUUUUUAAACAAAGAGCACUGCUAUGGUGUACAGUAUAUUGUUUUUAUUAUUAUUAUUAGCAUUUUAUAGCACCAACAUAUUCUGCAGUGCUUUUAUAAUGGGCAUCUAAAAUGGUCAAUAACGGACAAGCAAUAUGUAUGUAAAUAGAAACACUUAGCGAAAGAUCUGUACAAACAUGCUUACAAUGUAGACAUCUGGGGCGUUGCGUGAGGUGGACGGGGAAUGCUCUGGAACACGGUUCUCAUGUACACAACCUUUCAUUAUUACACCCAAUCCCUCUGCAAUAUUGCUACCGUGCCAUUUUAAUGCACCAUAUUUGGAUUAUUGGUGUGGGUGCAGGUUUAUUUCAACAGAUGAAGAGUUAAUACAGAAUGGUGUGAAAGUUAUAAAUAUAUCCUCAAUUCAGUCACAGAUUUGGUGUCUUAAUUUGAUUCAUAGAACAUGUUGAUGUUUAUGGUUGGACAUAAGGUAGGAUAUUGGGAGAGGCAUAAGCCAGUUUUAUUUGGGUGUGGCCAUAAAAUUUACCCUUGGGCUGAAGCCUUGGUCUUUUUGGCCACUUGGUAUUACUUCUGAGUGUGCACCACAGAAGAUAUUUUGUCAAUCUUCCUUAUGAUAAUAAUUCUUGCUUAUAAACCAAACCGGUCUGUCUUUCUAAACAGAAUCCCCUGAAAUACUUUAGUUUUAUUUUGUCUGUAUUUUAUGGCAGUUUAAGUCCCCUCUCUAAAGUUAUGUGGGUUUUUAUAUAUUUAUUUUAAUAAAAUGUUUUUGGUUUUUUUCUUCGCAUAGAUUGUUGGUGCUACCUUGAUUUAAGUUGUUUUUUUUUGUUUUGUUUUUUAAUUUAGUGAAUCACUCCCUCCUCUUAAAGGUUUAGCAGCUUUUAGUUUGUUUUUUUUCCAUCAUUCAUUUUUCACUUUACCUAUAUUCUUGUUUGUAAGGACAUAUUGGUAGCCAUAUUUCAGUUUGCAUACUUUGUAUGUAGAUACAAUUGUAUGUUCUUUGAACUUUGGAGAAAUAAUACCAGUGUGGUUUUAUUUACUAAGGAACUGUAUACCUGAACUCUGUUUCAGCAAUCAACCACAUAAAUGAGAGUAUUCGCAGAUAAUGCAAAUUCUACGAUAGUGCAUGGUUACAUCCGCCAAAACAUGUUUGAUCGUUUUUAAUGCAUCUAUUUAGAGGGGCUGAAGUGAAGAGGUUCCCAUUUGUACCACAAUUUUGUUUUCCUCAUCAAACCAUGGCCACAUUAAUUAUUGCAUUAGCACCUUUCACCCACAACAGAUAUGAGAGAAACCAAACCUCUGAUGUUAGUAUGCUUGAAACAGGACAGCCCUGCUGAAAUAUUAAUUUGCUUUUUGUCUUCUUUGUACAGAUGUCUGGUGAUGAUCGAAGUGACAAAGAGGAAGAAGAAAGUGAAGGAAAUGAGGAACCCCGACUAACAAAUGGGGAUGGCAAACAGCGCAUUCUGAAUGGCCAGCAUGAGCGUUAGCACAUGGAAAUGUUCUAAGCUAUGCUCCUGAUCCCCACCAAGAGAGAGUUAAGCAAGACCCUAAUUAUCUGCAUUGGCUUUCUAGAUGGACCAGGGGAAGGGAACAGAGGACCUCAGCAGGAGAGGCACCAUUGACCAGAAGGUGCAUAGUCCCUUUUAAAGGGACCACUUGUGGUUCAAACUAGACCCUGCCCUUUUUUAUUUUUGAAAAUAAACCAAACCAUAGUUUCCUUUAAGAGAGGGGGCUAAUGAAUAUUGUAACCUAUUGUCCUGUCAGGAAUUGUUUUGUUUUUUUUGACAAUCUUUAUUUGAAAAAGUUUGUGUGAAAGUAAGAAAAUAGAACAAGAUCAAACAAGUAUGGAAUAAAGGUGUAAAUGGCGAACCUAAAAUUUCAUAAACACAAUUGUUGCCAUUUGUACCCUGAACAGAAUAUGUUGGGAAGCAUUGAUAACAUUUAGAUAUAGAGUUAAGAUUAGAGGGGGGAGAGGGGAAAAAAGAGAAGAAAAAAAAGUGGGGGAACAAUGAAAAGGGCACAGGCAUGAGAAAAGUUAGUUUUAUUAUUUUUGUUUGGUUCUAAUUUUUUUUUUUAAUUUUAUUUUGAAUCCUGGCAGUGCAAGAGGUUAAUUAAAACAAGCGACAUGGCCAGAUCGCUCCAUUCCUACUUUCAUUGCUUCUAAUUUAAGUAAUGGGCUUCUAACUCCUGAUGGUCUGAUGAGCAGGAUAUAAAAGGACAGCCCAUACCACCAAUAUAUCUAAUUAACCUGGAUCUCUUCAUCCUCCACAGUACUGGACAUGAUAUCUAUUUAUUGCACUUUAAUGUCAUCAAUUCUAUUCGCUGCCCUGAAUCUAUCUGUCCAGCACUCCCUUUAGCAACAAGGGAGUUAUUGAUGCAGUGUACCAAAAGGACUGUGUGCACAAACACCUUCAUCUUGGCUUUAUGUUUACAGAUGCAGAAGAACGGAGGUGCAGCUCUGUAAACUACACUGUAUGAGAAUCUUAUUGCAGGAGGAUCUAAUGUUUGGGAGGGAUCAAGUUUUUAUGCAACCUGCUUCAAGGGCAAGGCAAUAAGAGCAUAUCCCAGACCAUAGCACAGAAGUAUGAAUGAUGUAACUGGUUUCAUUAAAGAACAGGAGACAUUUUGAACUUUAGUCCUCAAAAAUAUGCAUUAUGAAGAUAAUAGCUGAUGCUCUGAAAGUUUUGUAAAUUCCAAAUAUUUAUCUUGGUAUCAGCCUUAUCCUGGGGGAAAGUUGGUCUGAUUAAACUUGGCUUUAUCUUCAGAAUGAUAGGGGGUUUGUUUCCAAUUCUUCUUGCACUCAGAGAGUAUUUGUAUAUUAUCGCAAAUGCCAAGAAAAUUAAUCCGUAAGUCACAUCUGUCUGCCUGUGGCAUUUGGCUGAUAAAUAGAAACUCCUCCGGUUUCAAUCGGCCUAAGUUUCCAUGAUGGCCAGCCAUUAGCUGUGACGUCAAUGCAGCUAUAGUCCAAUUGCACCUGGAGGAUUCUGUAAUGCUAACCCAGGAAAGAGACAUGAAUUCAGUGUAAACUGAUAUAAGCUAGUCAGGUCAAUGUAGAAUUUUUGGCUAAUCACACUGGAUUCAGUCUCUGUUUUAUUUUUUAUUUUGAAUUUUUUUCUUUUAGCCCUUCCCAAACAUACAACAGUCUGGGUUUCACCAUUCUGGAUACAUUACCUGUAGGUAAAUGCAGGGUGGAAAGUAUUAAAUCCAAGACAGUCUGCUCUUAGCAGUACAAGACAGAGCUGUAGUUUUAUGAUAGAAAUAAUCAGAGACAAAAUGUGCAUGUUGCUAUUUUGUUUUGUUUUGUUAGUGUCUGGCCUAACCAGUCAUUACUGUUCACACUAAUCUGCUUGCAUAUUUUGUACUCUUAAUAUCCAAAUGUAAUUAAAAGAAAUAUUUGCAACACAUUAUGUCAGUUUCAUUAAAUGUAAAUGUCUACUGCCAACAGAUAAUGCUGGUAAUCCUUUAAAGUAUAUAUUAGUGUUUUUGAAGCUAUUUAUACAAUCCUAUAGAUCAGAGGCUCCCAGCCUUUGUGCUCCUGACCCUAUAGUGCUCCUUUAACUUGCCAAGAAUCCUUUCAUAUUUGCC